UACUAGAGAAUGUAUUUAUAAAUUGUUCACAUUUUUUGCAGUAUUUUCUGAGUGUUUCAAGUUUCUGAAUCCGUUUUUUCUUGAUCUUGUAAAAAUGAGAUCUCAGAGUAGAAAGCAACCUGCUCAUGAAAAUCAUAGCAGCAAAAAUGAAAUUGCAAAUUCUCAACAGGGCGAAGAUUCUGAAGCAGCUGUCAAACUGCCACUGAAAAAGAAUCCCGUGUUUAGCGAUGGAUUACCAAUGAACGUUAGUGUGGAACAGCUAAAAGCUAUUCUCAUCCAGCCAGCCCAAAAUGUUGGAGAUAGAGCAGUGUUACUUGAUGCUAGAGAUAGACUUGUACGUUUGAUUAAAGAUGCCAAGGAUAAAAAUAUUAGUACCAAACAAGUCACCACUCUUAGUGGUACUUGUUUGGAUAUGUGCCCAGAGAAGGAAAGAUAUUCAAGAGCAGAGAAACAUAGGCUUGCUCUUUAUGAAAUGCUGGUUUCUCCUGAAAAAAUGGAGUAUGAUGUGGAUCACCGAUUGGCCGUAAAAGAAUACUCCAGAAGCUCAGCAGAUCAAGCAGAACCAUUGGCUCAUGAAUUAAGGCCACUUCCAGUUUUACAAAUGACAAUGGAUUACCUUAUUGCAAAAAUUGUUGAUCGAUGCAACAAACCAGGUGAAAAUCUUGGUGAUUGGUUUAACUUUUUAUGGGAUAGAAUGAGGGGAAUUCGAAAGGACAUAACUCAGCAAAGCUUAUGCGAAAAAGGAUCCGUCGAUUUGGUUGAAAAGUGUGCUCGGUUUCACAUCCAUUGCACAUCGCGUUUGUGUGAAUUGGAUAUGCAAGACUUUGAUCAGAAAAUCAACGAUGAAAAUCUUACCAAAUGCUUACAAACACUCAAACAUAUGUAUUACGAUCUUUCCGUAAAAAACAUAUAUUGUCCAAAUGAGGCCGAAUUUAGAAGUUAUGACGUCCUCCUGCACUUAAACGACGGUGAAAUUUUAAGAGAAGUACUACAGUUACGAUCUGAGAUCCGUGAUUCGUACGAAGUUCGAUCGGCCCUCGAAUUUGUAAAUACGUUAAACAGUCGUAAUUACGUUCGCUUUUUCAAGUUGGCCAGAUCUAACCGAGAUUAUUUACAAUGCUGUCUACUUCAACGCUACUUUAAUCAAAUGCGUAACCAGGCUUUUCAAAUAAUGGUACAGGCCUAUGGGCCACCAAAAAAAGGCCAGAUGAAGCUGUUCAGUCUAAUAAAUCUUCUUGGUUAUGAAGAUGAAGAGGAAGCAGCGAUUUGGUGCGAGUACCAUGGGUUACCCCUCGAUCCUCAAAAAAAGACCGUGAAAUUUGAUCGUUCCAGCUUUAUUGAACUUCCUGAAAAAUUCCCUCCUAUGCGGCGUUCUUCUCUCAUUGAAAACAAGCGAACAUCUUCUGUCAGCAACUGCAUUGCCAAAAGCGGGGUACCUGAAGAUCCUACCUUACAUCAUACUCCGCUGAACAGCUUCGACUGCAACGGUGUAUUACUUCCAGAGGCAUGGUUAACGGAAGAUCAAGUUGAACUUGUUAAAGCGUCGCAGGUUCCAGCCGUCUCAUCAACCAUUACUGCACCCACGUAUACUUCCGUUCCACAAAACAUGGUUGAAACUAUGUCUGUUCGAGUUCGGAAUGAAUUAAUAAUUGCGACAGUAAACGAGAUCCUUGAAGAAAUUGUUCAGCAAAUGGUCGUUGAACAAAUUAAAGUUAAAACUACUCAUCGAAUCUUCAGACAACUACUUGAGGAGUUUACGAGAGAUUUUUGCACGGAGCUGGCGAGUGAAGUAAUGUCAGAGAUUAAGACUGCAAAGUACCAAUUACAACACAAACUAGAUCUGGAGCGUAAAGUUCGAGUUUUUACAAGCAAGAUUUUUGGCGAUAUUUUGGAUUCCGUUAUUUGCGAACAAGUGAAAUACAUUGGCGUUGAAGAAAUUCAGUCCGCGACUCGCUUACGUGUUAACAUCAUGAAAGAAAAGCAUGCCCGUCGAAUGCUCGAUGCGUUAGUAAAUGAAAUUAUUACGGUCGAAAGCCGUGCAGUUGCCUCGGUUGUAGCGUCUGAAGCCAUUGAAACAAGGGAAAUAAUGGUUUCACGAGUUUCAGAACUAGUUAAACAACUUAGAGUUCGUCGUUGGAUUAGAAAAUGGCGAAGAUUUACGGCUUUGCAAAUCCGUCGAAGAAAAGAAAAGCAAACAUUUCCAGCUUGCCCUUCCCGUUUAGUAUUUGAUCAACAAAUAGCUUCUUUGAAAUCAAAAGGCGAGUCGCCGGGUGUGUCUUUAAAGCGCAAAUCUCUUGUCGAACAAACCGUCUCUGUCAAACGCUGUAAUUCUCUCUCUGACCUUCAAUUUAAUUUAAACAAGAUUAACUCGUCAUUAGAAGAAAAAAUAUUCGAUUUAUUUUUGCUUCUUGAGAAAUUGCCUUGGAAUUCUUUGGAAAGAAACCGCUCCUGGAAACUUGUUAUUAUGUCUAUUGGGGAUGAAAAAGUCGGAGAUAUUUUCCGUAAGUGGUUGGGCUUCUCCACAACAAAACGGACUAAAAACGGGUGGGUGUAUACUGAAACGAAAACCAAUCAAAAUCCUAUCACGCUUUGCGUCCGUUUUGUGAAUGGUUGUGACCAAAUAUUGGAAUCUUUGCGAGGUGCAAACGCUUUUCUGGUGGUCUAUGAUCCUCGUUCAGAAGUGGAAAACACCUUAAAAAAUCUGGCUCAGUUGGUUUUGCUGCACUCGAAGUAUUUUCCGCUGUCCGUGGCUUCGAUCGCGUCAAAAGAUCAUUCUCAAAAGAUGGAUCACGUGGUUCAAAUUUUAAAGCCAUGCUGUCACAAGAAACUAAGUUUUGAUAAACCUGGUUUCGAUAAAUAUUAUGUUCUUACAGAACUUUUCUCGACCCUUUUUCAAGUCGGCCAAACCACCGUCAUCCCACCUUCUACUCGCUUAAGCACUACCACAGUUUGGGAUCUGGCAAAUAAUUUUAUUACUCACAAAGUCCUCCCGACAAUUUACCGUGAUAUGCAACUGCGGUUGGAGUACAACCUUCCUCAUCAGUCGUUAUCUCACCUGCUUGAUUUUAAUAAUCAUGCCAUCCAGAGCUUUCUUGAAAACAUUGUGUUAGAUUCUGAGCUCAGUCAAGUUCGUUGGCCGGCCUCAGAAUUUGUUAGCAUACCCCACCUUACUUUUCCUCCUACCAAUUGGAACUCAAAAUCAUAUCAAAACGAACUAAAACAGUCGCUUGAAAGAUACUUGGUUCUCCCAUUCUGGCAUCCUAAUGAGGACAGUUUUUUAUCAGUGUGCGUUUCAUUGCGCAACUAUUGCGUCGAUCUUUCUGUAGAAACAGAUGUGACAGCGUUACUCUCGAGGGUUGAUUCCAUCUUGUUUCAGACUAAACAACGUUUUGAGAAAAAUCAUUCUAAUCAAAAUCUUCUCCAGAGUCACAUCAUACCUUGGACUGAUAUUUAUCAAGCCUGUAUCGAUUAUCGGUUGCAAGCAUUUGUCAAUGAAGGGUCGAACAAAUUAAUGGGCUAUUUUCCUCAAGCAUUUGACGAAAUCCAGUCCGAUCUGUCUUGGGUAAAGGCUAGAAGUUUUUUGGAACCCACAGAUCAACUAUGUACGGAAUUGAACGCUCAGCCAUCAGAUCGCGGAAAAAUUUCGAUAUCCGCCAAUCAACAACCCAAAUCCCUUGAUUUACCAGACAGUAUUGCAACACUUUGUAGCGCCAUCGCUGAUUCUUCAAGACAAAGUCAUGAAGAAAACAAACUUUUUGAAGCAAUCCUCUUGCGUGUCCUUACUCCUGAAAAGAAAUCACUCAAACGUUCACCGGCCAAGCAAUCUUCCACAACGCCUGUUAGUAUGGAGGAUCACUUCGAUUUGCUGGAAAGAAGACUGCAGCAAUCUCGCUGUGAGAGCCAACAGUUUGAAUCCUAUUUAAAACGAGCGUUGGAUGAUGCUUGAAGACUUACGUGUAGCGCUACUAUUGCCAUUAUCAAAAUGUUUGUGAAGUGGUAAAUAUAAAUAAUUUUUUUAACGAAGUAAGUACUCUGUAGUUUGAAUACAUUUUGUAUUGAAAUAUU